CAAUAGGCAGGGUUUCCCUCUCCUUUUGCACCUCUCGCUUCUGCGGAGAUAGAGAUAGAGAGAGAAACACUACUCUCUCUCAUCCAAAAACCAGGAUCCCAAAUCUUAUCCCCCUCUCCCUCUCUCUCUCUUCUUCUUCUUCUUCCUCCCAAAAAUCUCUCAAAAUUUUAAUUGCAGUCGAUCGGUUCUGAGUUAUGCAGGCAGAUCAAACGGUGAUAAGCUUGAGACCAGGUGGCGGUGCUGGUACCCGAGGCAGCAGGUUCGCGCUCGGACUCAGUUUCACUUCUUCUGCAUCCUCUGAUUCCCUCCCUCUGCGCUCUCAUGGCGGUUUCAAGACUGGGGACCUGCGAUUUGGAGGUGGUGAGCGUGUGCAGUACACUCGAGACCAACUGUUGCAACUUAGGGAGGUUGGCGAUGUUCCUGAGGAUAUAUUACUAAUUAAACAAGAAAUUGAGGCUGAGUUUGCUGUUGGAGAUCAAAGUUGGAGUCAUGGAGAUAGCAUUCUGCAGCCUCAAUCCCAAAAUCGGUAUUCUGAGCCAGACAAUCGUGACUGGCGCGGCAGAACUGCACAGUCACCUGCCCCUGGAGAGGAGAGAUCCUGGGAAACACUUCAAGAUGGUAAGGAAUUUCCUGGUAGAACUCAUGAAGCAAAUCUCCGUCAAGAUCAACUGAACUCCCAGUUUUCUAGGGAUCAAAUUUCUUCCAAUCAGGGGGUGGGGCCGGCUCUGAUAAAGGCUGAAGUCCCAUGGUCAGCACGGAGAGGGAAUCUGUCUGACAAAGAUCGUGUCUUAAAGACAGUGAAAGGUAUAUUGAACAAAUUGACCCCAGAGAAGUUUGAUGUUCUCAAGGGCCAGUUGAUUGAUUCUGGGAUAACAACGCCUGAUAUUUUGAAGGAUGUUAUCUCAUUGAUAUUCGAGAAGGCUGUGCUGGAACCAACAUUUUGUCCUAUGUAUGCUCUUCUUUGCUUUGAUCUCAAUGAGAAGCUUCCGCCUUUUCCAUCUGAUGAACUUGGUGGGAAGGAGAUUACAUUUAAGCGAAUCCUCUUGAAUAAUUGCCAGGAGGCAUUUGAAGGUGCUGACAACCUAAGGGCAGAAAUUAGGCAGAUGACUGCACCUGAGCAAGAAAUGGAACGUAGGGAUAAAGAAAGAAUGGUUAAAUUGAGAACUCUCGGUAACAUCCGCCUUAUUGGGGAGCUUCUGAAACAAAAGAUGGUUCCUGAAAAAAUUGUCCACCACAUUGUUCAGGAGCUUUUAGGACUUGAUCCCAAAGAUUGCCCUGAUGAGGAAAAUGUGGAGGCAAUAUGUCGGUUCUUUAAUACUAUUGGUAAGCAGCUGGAUGAGAGCCCAAAAUCUCGGCGAGUCAAUGAUAUCUACUUCAACAGGCUGAAGGAGCUGACAAAAAACACCCAACUUGCACCACGGAUGAGGUUCAUGGUCCGCGAUGUUCUUGAUCUGCGGGUCAACAACUGGGUUCCUAGACGUGAAGAGGUCAAAGCAAAGACUAUCACUGAAAUCCAUUCAGAGGCAGAGAAGAACCUAGGGCUGCGUCCUGGAGCGACUGCAAACAUGAGAAAUAGUCAUAACGCCGGGGCAGUUGGGCCUACAGGGCCUGGAGGCUUCCCCAUUAACCGACCUGGCUCUGGGGGUAUGAUGCCUGGCAUGCCUGGGCCCCACAAGAUGCCGGGGAUGCCAGGGAUUGAUAGUGACAACUGGGAGAUUCCUAGAAAUCGAUCAAUGCCAAGGGGUGAUGGAUUCAGUCGUACUCAGUCUACUGGACGCCUUCAGCCACCUUCGAUUGGCAAACCAGCACUCUUCAAUUCAAGAUUGUUACCUCAGGGCAGUGGUGGUUUCAUUACUGGUAUGACCAGUGCUCUGUUGCAAGGAAAUAGUGCACCACCAAGCCAGCCUUCCAGCUUUGCUUCAGUAGUUGAACCUAUAACUCAAGCCCCUAAGCCUGUCACUCUGGCACCCUCGGCAAAUCUUUCUCCUGAGAAGCCACUGGCUUCAGCUGCAAAAUUGAAUCAUGCAGAUCUUCAAAGAAAAACUGUUUCCCUUUUGGAGGAAUAUUUCAGCAUUCAGCUUCUGGACGAAGCAUUGCAGUGCGUGGAAGAACUGAAAUCUCCAUCAUAUCACCAUGAGGUCGUUAAAGAAGCGAUUGCUCUUGCAUUGGAAAAGAGCCCUCCUUGUGUAGCACCAGUAAUAAAGCUUCUGGGGUUCUUAUUAAAUAAAAAAGUUUUGACCACUAGAGAUAUUGGAACUGGGUGUCUUCUCUAUGGCUCGAGUAUGGAUGAUAUUGGCAUUGAUUUGCCCAAAGCACCAAAUGAUUUUGGGGAGGUUAUGGGAAAAUUGGUAUUGGCCGGGGGCUCAGACUUUAAGAUGGUUGAGGAAGUUCUGAAGAAGGUGGAAGAUGACAGGUUCCAAAUAGCCAUUUUUUAUGCUGUUGUUAGGUGCAUUAAUUCUAGCCCUUCGGGGCAAGAAGUCUUGGCAAUGCAAGGAACUGGUGUUGAGGCUUGUAAAAGUUUACUCUCUUGAUUCGAACCAACUGUUUCCGAGUCAUAUUGGGGAGUUGUUUUUCAAGUGUUCUCAUACAGUGGAAUCCAGACAGUUGCCCUCAUCACUUUUUCUCUACACUCGCCAUAUUUUCCCAAAUUUUCAUCAAGUUACAAUUUGUGAUCAGCUGACCUGAUAUCAACCCAUGAUCUGUUUUCUUUGAGUUUUUUUUUUUGGUAGUUUAUUAAAUGAAGUUCUAAAAAAAAUGUCUUCAAGAGGUACAGGCUUUUACAUGAUCCAGUUGUUGCAUUAAAUUUUGAAUUCAAAUGUACCGUAUAAUAUUGGAUUUUGCUACUAGGCUAAUAUAUGGUCCCAAUUUUGAUGAUGUCUUACAU